CCACAUACAUUUCUCCAUUUUUCUCUCUCCUCUAUUGUGCUCAUUGAUUCAGUUUUCUCUCGCAGUUCUUCGCUGUUCUUGAGUUUUCGACCCAAAACCCUAGUUUCGUCGCAAUUUCGCUAGGGUUUUCCCAGCAUUGUUAUGAGAGUUGUUUUUCUUUCAAGAAAUCGAACUAAGUUUGCUCAAAAUUGUCGUUAAUGGCGGAACAUCCUCGGCGUUUUUCGAUCGGCUACGCUUUAGCGCCCAAGAAGCAGAAGAGUUUCAUACGAGAAUCGCUCAUCAACCUCUCUCGUGACCGUCUGAUCGAUUUGAUUAAAAUCGACACGGAUAUACCGUUGAUAGAUCAAGGACCGUUCGAUUGCAUCCUUCACAAACUGUACGGUGACGAUUGGAAGAAGCAACUCGUUGAUUACAAGGCGAAAAACCCUAAUGUCGUGGUUCUUGAUGCUCCAGAAUCUAUUGAGCGCCUCCAUAACCGGAUUUCGAUGUUGCAGGCUGUUUCUGAGUUGAAAAUUGUGCAAAACGACCGCGAAACCGAAACGUUUGGUAUUCCGAAACAAAUCGUGAUUUACGACGCUGAAACACUUCGUGACCAUAGGUCUUGGGAUGGAUUGAAGUUUCCGGUGAUUGCUAAACCCUUGGUUGCCGAUGGAAGUGCAAAAUCGCAUAAAAUGUCGCUUGUUUACAAUCACGGAGGAUUGAGCAAUUUGAAACCCCCGAUUGUUUUGCAGGAGUUUGUAAACCAUGGAGGAGUCAUAUUCAAGGUGUAUGUGGUAGGUGAAUACGUGAAAUGCGUGAAGAGGAAGUCGUUGCCAGACGUUUCAGAGGAGAAAUUGGAGAGUUUAGGUGGAUUGGUCACAUUUUCUCAGGUUUCGAAUUUGGCAAGCAAUGAGAAGACUGAUGAGAAGUACUACAAGAAGAUGCACUUGGAUGAUUGUGAAAUGCCACCGCAGGAGUUCAUCACUGACAUUGCGAGAGGAUUGAGGGAUGUCAUGAAGCUGAAUCUCUUCAAUUUCGAUGUGAUAAGGGAUACAAGGCUCGGAAAUCGGUAUCUUGUGAUUGACAUUAACUAUUUCCCAGGGUAUGCAAAGAUGCCGUCGUAUGAGAGUGUGAUGACUGACUUUUUCUGGAAUGUUGUUGCCAAGAAUGAAAGAAGAGAAGUGGCAGAAAAUGAGGAAAGUGGAGAGAGGAAGUUAGUUGAUAACAUUGGUUGCUGAAAGUGUUCGUCAGUGAUGAAAAUGCAGGACUAAAUUUGUUACAAUAGGUGACAGUUUCUUCUUUUACUUCUUUCCCCUGCCCCAGAAGUGAAAACACAAAAAGAAAGAAAAUGGAGGAUUAACAAUUUCUUUGGAUAGGUGACAGUACAGACUGGUGAACAAUUAGGCUUUCUUUUUUUCUUGUUGAAUAUUUCUUUGUUUCUUUUGUUUGUGGAGACCUGAUUAGUUGGGUGUUUGAUGUCAAAUGAUGUAUAUUCCAUCUUGGUUUUGGAGUUGGUGCUAUCUGAAAUACUUCUUAAAUGUUUGUAGACGAAAAAGAAGGGUUGCUUUGAUGUUUUAGGAAGGGUUUAGUUUGUUCUUUCUUGACAAGUUUUGUAAUCUUGUUUCCUAAAGGAAAUGUUCAAAUUUGUGCCUUUUUCUGGCACUUUAGAUCAAUGAAUUUGUCCAUUUGGUUUA